AUGUCUUUGAAAAUGUCAUUUACGUUAGAAGAAGACAUACUGUUGGCUGAAUACGUAAGCAAACAUCCAUGUUUGUAUGACUCAAAAAAUGCAGAAUACAAGGAUCAACAAAUAAGGGACAAUGUCUGGAAGGAAAUAUCAAAUAUCCUAAAAAAAAGUGUUGAUGAUUGCAAAAAGAGAUGGAAGAACAUGAAGGAUACGUAUAACAAAAAUAAAAGGAAUAAAAAACUUGGGACAGGAUCAUUUUUGAAAAAUAAACCAACAAAAUGGGCAUUGGCAGGUACUUUAUCAUUUAUGGAUGUAUGUUCUUACGAACAAGUGGGAAUGACUAAUUUUAAGAAUGAAAUGAAUAAUAGUGAAGAAGAAGAUACCUUAAUACAGGCUGUUGAAGAUGAAAAUAAUUCAAAUUAUGUAAAUAAUUGUUCAUGUAUAUCUACAACAGAACCCACUAUGGAGCAACCUGAACUAGAAAAUAUUUUGGAAACAGAAAAAAUAAAGUUGUUCAAAGAAAAAAGGCCUACCAAAAAAAUAAAACGUGUAAAUGAAGAGUUAGUGUCAGUGUUCAACAAAAGUUGUGAUGAAAGACAAAACAUUUUAAACACCAUAAAUAAAGAUGAGAAGGAUGAGGAUCCAACUGAUGCAUUUUUUAAAACAAUGGCAAUAACAGUAAAAUCCUUCCCGCAACAUUUAAAAAUAAAAGCUAAAAAAGAAGUUUUCAACUUAAUUACAGAUUUGGAAAUAGAAAGCUACAAUUCUACAUCUACAUCAAAAUAA